AUGGCAAAUAGAGGCUACGACGUCGUCGUAGACGUCGACCAGGAGGGAGACCUAGGUCACACCGAUCUUCAGGAAGACCUCGAAUUCCACAGCUCCAACUUCGAAAACCCGUCCAACACUCGCAGCAAAAUCCAGCCCGACACUGCCUCCUUCCUCCCACCCCCAGCGUCCAGCUCCCCAUCCCGCAAACACUACCUCUGGACCCUCUCGUUCUACGCACAAGCCUUCGAUGUAGACACAAACGAAGUCCUCCGCCGUUGCACCGCCGCCGUUUACCCCCGGCAAAACUUCCUCGACGUGCUGGAAGGCAACCCCGAUCUCUACGGCCCUGUGUGGAUCGCUACAACCGUAGUGGUCAUCCUCUUCCUCACUGGUACCAUAAGCCAGUAUCUAGCACAUCAUGGGAAAGACCACUUUGCAUAUGAUUUCAAGCUGCUGAGUGGAGGUGCGGGCCUGGUGUAUGGGUAUACGGCGGUCGUGCCCGCCGGGCUUUGGGCCGUGCUGAAAUGGUAUGGGAGUGAGAGUGCGAAUCUGUUGGAGUGUGUCUGUUUGUAUGGGUAUGCGAAUUUGAUUUGGAUUCCCGUGGCGUUGAUUAGUUGGAGUCCGAUUAGUCUGCUCAACUUCAUCUUCGUUGCCCUCGGUUUCGCCGCCUCUGUUUUCUUCCUCCUCCGCAACCUAUACCCCGUCCUCAGCAGCACCGAAGCGAAGACAUCGAAGGUUCUACUGAUCGUUGUGGUGGCGCUACAUGCGGGCUUUGCGAUUGCAAUUAAGGUCCUGUUCUUUGCGGCGACGAGUCCGGUGGGGCCG